AUGAACGGCAUCAUUCACAACUGCACGCAUCCCGAAUGGAACGACAACGUGCUGAACAAGCUGAGCGAAAAGGAGAUGAUCAUCCAGAUCUUUCACUACAUCGACAGACUAUUCCACGCCGUCAAGCCUCAGAAGCUUAUCUAUCUCGCCAUUGACGGUGUCGCACCUCGCGCCAAGAUGAACCAGCAGAGACAGCGACGCUUGCGCACGGCGCAAGAGUCCAAGGAAGCCCUUGAAAAGGCCCGGGAGACCGGGGAGAAGGUUCAGGAGGACAUGUUUGACUCCAACUGUAUCACCCCUGGCACUGAGUUCAUGGCCAAGCUGUCCGACUACCUCAAGUACUUCAUCCGUAAGAAGAUCAAGGAGGACAGCGCCUGGAGAAAGGUCGAAGUCAUCCUUUCCGGCCAUGAAGUUCCCGGCGAAGGUGAGCACAAGAUUAUGGAGUACAUCCGCAGACAGAAGAUGCUCCCUGAACACGACCCCAACACGCGCCACUGCCUCUACGGCCUGGACGCCGACUUGAUCAUGCUGGCCCUUGCCUCUCAUGAGCCCCACUUUGCCUUGCUCAGAGAAGAGGUCACGUUUGGCCGCCGCAAGAAGAAGCCAGAAGCCACCCCGCCCAAGUUUCAGCUUUUAUUCGUGAACUUGCUGCGCGAGUAUUUGGACGAAGAGUUCAGAACGGAGCUGCCUUUCGGCUAUGACCUUGAGAGGGUCAUCGACGACUUCGUUUUGUUCUGCUUCUUUGUCGGAAACGAUUUCUUGCCCAACCUGCCGUACAUGGACAUUGCCGACGGAGCACUCGACAAAAUGUUUGACAUCUACAGGGAGCUCCUACCAACCCUUGGUGGAUACAUCACCGAGAAAGGAGAAAUCCUCUGGGAGCGCUGCGAGAAGUUCCUGAAGCAGAUCGCCAAGUACGAACAGGAAAUGCUUUCCACGAUGCCGCCCCUGCACCUCGAAGUGCUGGAGCAGAGCUUGCAAUCUGACAACGAAGAGGAAGAAGACCGCCCCGAUGAAGCCGACCGGUCCAAAUUCAACGCAUGGCAGUUAAAGAUGAAGGAGAAACAGAACACCCUUCGCGCCAGUGGCGAGAAGCACCCUGUGGCGAAUGACGAAGGCGGCAACUCGAACGAGGUCGAGGACGCCUUGGCCGAACUUGAUGAGGAAACUGUCGUAUUCGAGGGCGGCCUCAAGGCGAAGAGCGACAGCGAGUACGACUUUGCUGCCAUGGCUGCGGCCAGCGAAAAGUUCAACGAGCAGCGUAACCGACCGAGAGACGAGGAAGAAGAGGAGGAGUACGACGACGACUCCUGGAAGAACUGGUACUACAGGGACAAGUUCAGGAUCGGCCUGGAGAACGAGGAGUACCACAAGCACCUCCGCACGUCCUACCUCGAAGGUUUGGUCUGGGUACUGCGCUACUACUACCGCGGCUGCUGCUCGUGGAACUGGUUCUUCCCGUUCCACUACGCUCCGCUGUGCUCCGAUCUGGUGAACUUGACCUCGUACAAGCUCAAGUUCGACCUGGGCACGCCGUUCUACCCCUUCCAGCAGUUGAUGGGCGUGCUCCCCGCUGCAUCAAAGACUCUCUUGCCUGUGCCCUACCAGGAACUCAUGACAAGAGCCACUUCGCCCAUUAUUGACUUCUACCCUGAGGAAUUCAAGGUGGACAUGAACGGCAAGAGAAACGCGUGGGAAGCCAUUGCACUCAUCCCGUUCAUUGACGAAAAGCGCCUGCUGGAUGCGAUGGACACCGUCGACAAGAAUCGGCUAAGCGAAAAGGAGAGGAAGAGGGACUCGUUUGGUGUGGCAUACGUCUUCUCGUACGAUGCCGCCAACGAGACGCUCUUCCCUACGCCCAUGCCUGGCGUCUUCGCUGAUCUCAACCCUUGCCUGGUCGCCCAAAGGGAGUUCCGCCUGGCUGACUGGGGUCCCGAAGGCCAAAUCACGCCCUACCUUCUGCCCAACGCCAAGUUUGGGCUACAGAACCAACCGGGCUUCCCCACGCUGCAGAACCUGAGGCACACGAGCCAGCUCGCUUAUGCCGGCCUGUCCGUCUUUGGCACCUCCAGCAGGAAGCAGAGUCUGUUGCUGAAGCUGCUACCGCCUGAGGGCCAGGAGCCCAAGGACAAAUUGACGCAGGUCAAUAGCGGUGCCGAAGCUCCCAGCGCCCUCUUGACCAAGGAGCACGCAGUGGACGAUGUUGACGCCAGCCAAGUACAGGACCUCCUCGGCAAGACGAUCUACGUCGAGUGGCCCUACCUCAAGGAAGCGCUGGUUUUGGGCAUCUCUGAUGACGAGUGCCGUACGAGCCAGGCUCAGGGCACCGUCAGACAUUCUGUGGGCGAUUCUGGUGCCUGGCUCAAGGAGAGCAAGUACCAGAGGAACCACUACAAGGCCAAGAAGGGCAUGGACAUCGGCGAGGUCAAGGUGAUGCUGCAUGUGCAAGUCCUCCGUGGCAUGAAAGUGAGGAAGGACGGUUCGCGCGUCAGGAUGUGGCGUACCGUUGAUGACAUUUACCCGCUUCAGACCAUUGUGAAGGAGCACUACGCGCCCGACCCCAGGCUGCAGGAAAGAGGUGCUCCGUCCGUGGAGGAAGCCUUCCCGAUUGGCCAGCGCGUUGUCUAUACUGGCCCGGGCCAAAACUUCGGUGGUCUGGGCACCGUCGCAGAGCACUUGCCGACCGAGGCAGGCUGCGUGCCUAACGUGCGCGUCGAGCUCGAGACUCAGGAGAACUUCUACCACCUGUCCGAAGUCUCCAGGCGCUUGAACAUUUCGCCCAAGGUGCUCUCGAAGCAUCAGAACAGGAAGAUCAACAUCGGGUUGAGGAUCAAGUUCACGCGCAAGGGUCAGCAGAUGCUGGGCUACACCCAGCGCAUCGAAACGCCUUCGACGAACGGAAUCUCGCGCGGCUAUUGGAUGUACUCGGCUAAGGCCCUCGACCUGGUCUACGAGUUCAUGCAGAGAUUCCCCGACCUCUUCCAGGCGCUCGAGGCCGACGACGCGCAGGAGAUCGAAGUCUUCUCGCCCGAGAUGCUCUUCCCCAACGGCAACGCCGCCGAACGCAUGACAGAGGUGGAGGAGUGGUUGAAGAACCUGGAGACCAACAAUCUGCAACGCGUGCCCAUCGGCUCGAAGGCCAUGCCCAAGGAGGCCGUCAAGACCGUAGAGGAGGAGAGUAAUCGCUACGUGGCCAACAACAACGCGAGGAAGAAGAAGACCGAAUCGACACAAAUGGACAUCCCGCUGGGCGAGAGAGUGAUGAACCUUCGCGACAAUGGCCCUAUCCCGUUCGGCCUCAAGGGCACCGUCACCGGCAUCGUGAACAACCUGCUGGAGGUCGUGUUCGACGAAGAGUUCCUGGGCGGUACCAACCUCGGCAACAGGUGCUCCGACCUCCGUGGCCAGCAGCACAUCCCGGCGACCACGGUGCUCAACCUGGGCCGUGGACACGGUGCCAAGCGUGGUGGCCGCAACUCUGGCCCUCAGCAAAACGCCUGGGCUGCCAAGGCCGACAGGGAGCAGCAGGGUCCCAGAGGUCAGAGCCAGGGCCAGGGCCAGCAGGCGCCUCACCAGCACCACCAGCAGCAGCCCCGCCCCAACCGCGGCGGUCAGGGAGCCGACAAGCCUGUGACCAUUCUCUCCAGUAGGGGUGGUGGAGGAACCGAGAAGAGAGACGUGAGGAAGUCUGGCGACAAGGUCGCCUACAGGCCGAAGCCACAGCCGCAAGGGGAGGAUGGUGCCGCGGUCGAGGGGGCUACCCAGCCGGCACCCGGCAAGAAGGAGCGAUCCAGGAAGAACGGCUCCAAGCCGUCGUCUCUCUCGUCGUCGACCGGCAGCAGCGGCUCCAACAAUGGCCAAAGCACCGAGGAGGAGGUUGCCGAGUACUGGAACAAGCUCCAGUCGCAGCAUUCCGAGCCCGCGGAAGGGGAGGCUGCGGGCACCAAGCCAAGGAGGGAAAGGAGGCGCGGUGGCGGCAAGAGGAAUGCAGCCCACCCUGCUGCCGCGGAACAGCACGCAUCCCCUCAGGGCGCAGCGCCGGCUUACCCGCUCUACUACUACCAGCCUGCACCCAACUUCCCCCCGCAGCCCUACAUGAUGCCCCCGCAGUACCCUGGCGUACCUCCCGCCGCGGCCCUCUAUGGCGGUGUGGCGAUGCCAUUGGCGGGAGCUGGGCCGACUGCCGCCAUCCCCAUCCCGGGGCUGCCCGUUCCCCUUCAAGUACCGCUGCAGCCUGCCAUGGCAGCUGCCCCUCUUAACUGGUAA